GCGGGCCGCCCCACGCCUGCUGCUCGCGCGUCCUUCGUUCUCCACUCUCGACCCGGCUCGCUGCCCUCUUCCCAGGCGCUCCUCCCGCGUGGCCGGGACUCCCGCCUCGGCUGGAAGGAACCGAGGGAUUAGCAGGCGGGUGGGCGGGCGGCACCGUCCUUGCCCUCUCCACCCUGACCCCUCCCGGUGACCUUGGAGGCCCGGGCCAGCCGCCCGGCACCUUCGUUCAGUAGAGCUGGAGUUGUGGCGGUUGGACUGGCUUCCCUCGCAUCCCCAGAACCUGGGCUUUGGGAGGAGGUCAGCCUGCAGUUAAUUGAGUUAGGAAAGAGAUGUCGAAAGACACUUCCCGGUUCUCCUCCCUCGGUUUUGCCCUGGCAGCCAAGCUAGGACCCCCAGCCUGGCCUGGGUGGGAUUCCUCAAGUAGAAGGCGACUUUUUCUUGCCCACCGACCGUGUGCUAAGACGCGGGACUAUGAGGCGGCUUCGUGGAAUCUCCAGCAGCUGGUCCGGACACUGUUCGUCAGUGGCCUCCCUGUGGACAUUAAACCCAGAGAACUCUACCUGCUGUUCAGGCCGUUCAAGGGGUACGAAGGGUCCCUGAUCAAGCUCACAUCAAGACAGCCUGUUGGUUUUGUGAUCUUUGACAGCCGGGCAGGAGCAGAAGCAGCCAAGAAUGCAUUGAAUGGCAUUCGCUUUGAUCCAGAGAACCCACAGACCCUGAGGCUAGAGUUUGCCAAAGCCAAUACCAAGAUGGCCAAGAACAAGCUAAUGGCUACACCAAAUCCCACCAGCGCACACCCCGCCCUAGGAGCACACUUCAUCGCCCGGGACCCCUAUGACCUGAUGGGGACUGCUCUGAUCCCCACAUCCCCAGAGGCCUGGGCCCCCUACCCUCUGUACACCACAGAGCUGACCCCAGCCAUCUCACACGCCGCGUUCACCUACCCAGCCGCCACUGCUGCCGCCGCCGCCGCCCUGCACGCUCAGGUGCGCUGGUACCCGUCCUCCGACACCGCCCAGCAGGGAUGGAAGUACCGUCAGUUCUGUUAGUUCCUCAGUGAGUCUAGUUACCACAGCUUGAAGCCCCCCGCCGGGAGGAAGCUGCCCUGAGCUUCCACUGCCCCCAGGCGGCCUGUGGAGAGCUGCUGCCUCCUCCAAAGACUGUGAAUUUUAAGCCUGACUCAGUGGACUGCUUCCUGUUUCCUUCUCUCCUCUUCCUCAGCCCUGCCCUGCCCCAGAGCCCUCCUCCCAGGCCUCAGGGGAGGACUGGGGGGCCGGCGGCCAGGACGCCCAGACCCGCCUCAGGGGGCCUCACUGGGACCGAGCAAGGCCCGACCUCCGCUCCAAACUUGCUUCUGUGGCUUCGCCUCAGAGAAACGAGGCAUUUGAUUUUGCAUGUUUUCUGGCAUGAAUUAAGACACUUAGACUUGUGUAUAUGUGAGUGUACAGUUUGUUCUCACAUGGUGUCACCAUAGCAACAGGUCCUGGCCUUUCCUGGUUCAUCAUUCCCAGUGCCUCUGUCCACGCCUCUCCCCUGCACCCAGCCUGCUUCCGUGGGCUGAGCCCUGCGGCCAGUUCCACCCUCCACUCCCCACCACCCCGCACCCUUCCAGGCCGAACAGCAGUGACCACCCAGCGAAGAGGAGUGUUUCCGUUUCAGACCAGGGUCCUCCGCCUCCCCCUCAGAGGGGCCCACGGGGGUUCGAACAUCCCAUCUCUGCCCACUUCGCUGACCUGCUCACCACACACCCUGCCGCCGCUCCUCGUUCUCUCCAGACUUCGCAACCAACCAAAAAGUGAAAGUAUUUUUGUACCCUGUGUAACGAAAUAUUUAUGCAUCAUAAAGGAUUUUUCGUGUGUGUGUGCAAUUAAUUAUUGAAGAGACCUUGUUCGCCCUGUCAGAUAAGUUUAAUGUUUAGUUUGAGGCAUGAAGAAGAAAAGGAUUUCCAUUCUCCAGCCACGAGCCUUUGUGUCAGGUGUUAGUUUAAGGAAAAUGAAGGGAAAAUUGUGCAAUUUUUUGUUUCGCGAGCACACCGGUGCUUCGCCUUUGGCCGCGGCUGCGGCUCUCGGCCGUUUGCAGACUCGGGAGGCGAGGUGGCUGUUGUUAAUUGCUGAUCCUGCGAGAAUGUGAAUCUGGAUGAUAUAUGAAAUGCAAAAUAAAAAAUCAUCCGAAGUAA